AUGAGACGACUCACUACAAAACCCAAGGAUCCGUUCAAGGCAUGUUUGCCGGUCAUCAUCGUUCCGUGGCUUUUUUUUCUGCCCUCGACGUUGGCCGCCGUCGGAUCUGCCGUCGAAGAGUCGUGCUCCACGCACGGUGCCAUUUGUUCUGAGAACGCCGCCACCAUCUGUCGCAACUCCACGUCAGUUUUGUUUAUUUUCCUAAUUCCUUUGAUCUCAUUCUUUUCAUUUUUCUUGAAAAGUCGAAAUUUCGGAGCGACAAAAUUGGAGUUCGUGAUUAUUCUUGUAUUUUAUAUUGCUGCAAUAGAAAUUUCGUUUUUGAAGAAAAGGAUUUUUUUUUCGUUCAUACGCCAUUAAAAAUUUGUUUGCUGAUUCAAAAAACCGCGAAUGAAGAAUUUGAAAAGCUCCGAAUCUUAGAAUCUUUGUUAAUUUUCAAACUCGAACCUAAUUUUCCAAAGGUUCCCUCUGUUAAUACUGCAUCCUAUUGAGUUGAUCUAAGUAACACCUCUAAAUGUUCGACAAAAGCCAUAAAACGUGUCUACGAGCGGCGGAAAUGCCACCGGUCUCGAGCGGCGACUAAUAACGCACCGGCAGCUGUCCUUCACAGCUGAUUAAUGCAUCACCGGACGCCAGGCAUACCAUGAAUCUUUCCUUGGACUCAACAAUGGCCCGCUUUGCAUCCUAUUCAUCUUCUCCGCGCAUUUGUUAGGACAAAACCAAGAUUUUUCUUAGACAUGUCCUCUUUCUCCAAGCCAAAAGUACACAGUGAGAGAAUGUGAUUCUCUAAUGAGAGAAUGUAUUUUCCAAUCUGCUUCCUCUUCAUUUCAAGCCAAGAAUUGAAUUAAUUCUGUUUCAGUAAGCCUCACAGGAGCUCUCAAUUACGGUUAUAAUUGAAAAGUUCAAAAUAUAUUUUGUGCACUUUUAUGAAACUUUUUUUUUUAAAUCAGAAAAAAAAGUCGAGAGUUGGCACGAAUGAAGUUAAAAGUUGACGGAAGCGCGACGAAAAAGCUGUCGCUUUUGCUGAGAGAAGAGUUAAUGUGCGAGUUUUACGCAUGGAUGACGGCUUGAAGGAAGGAUAAGGCCCGAAAAAGGCAAAAAGCGCGAGCGAUUAGUGGCGGCGACCCUUGGGAACGAGUGAUCAUCGGUGAUAAUGUAUUCGAGCGGCGGAGGCUGGCGAGAGCUCCAGCUGGUCGCCAACGGCAUUCCGAUUUUCUGAGGGACCUAAGGUUUAUUUAUGUGAGGCCCUCCGGCUCAUAUCGUAUGCGUUUCGUAUUUCGCUUUAAUUGUUCCUGGCUAACAUGCCCAUUCGUCUCGGCAAUUUUGCGCCGCUUCAUUUUUUAGCGAAGAGGAAGACGAGUGGUUCUUUUUAUGUGCUUUUUGAGGUGCCCUGCCAUAUUUUAUUCGUUCUGGAAUGUGUCGCUUUCCGAUUUUUGAGGCAAUCAAACGCAAAUUCAAAGCCUUUUACUGGCUUGUCCCGUGGGAAAUCGUACAAUGCGAGUGAAAAGCCAAAAAAGUUUUGGUUUUUGUUUCCUUUCACGCAAACUUUUUGGAAAGCUUUUGAGAAAACGUUUUCGAAAAGGUGGUAAAAGUGCUUUUCAAGGAGCUUGAAUGAGGGCAAUUAUUCGAGAAGUUUUGAAGUGACGGCUUCAAACGCUUUCAAGAGUACUUUAACCACCAAACUUUUCAAAUUGUACAAAGUAUUCGUUCGAUUUUUUCCGCGAGUGUGUAUGAGCCUACGGUUGUAGGAGUGGAACAGAUUAGGUGCGGGCUUAUUAAGGAAGAAUAAGCCGCCGGAAGAAAAGACGACCGACGACAAAUCCGCACUUUCAAUGAAUGGCUGGCUACGCAGACGCAUCAUUGCUCACCGAGCUCAUUAUAAUAAUAUUAGUCGGAAACUCAGUCGCUAAUUUUGCAAUACAUCCUCACACUUGCCUAGGUAUUUACUGCAAAAUUAAUAACUCCCUAGACAUCAAGGCUCGGGCUCGGAGUUUAACAUAAAAUGAACUCCAGUAAAUUGAACUGAGAAGUCAAAAAAAAAAAAUGCUGCUUCCUCUUUUUAUAAAAUAUCAAAUCGUUCCAAAAUUGUCUGAAGAUACGAUUCCGUAAACCAAGUGCAUUGAAAAAUUUUUUUUUGAAAGAAUGUAUUGAAAGAAGUGAAAUAAGUCUGACACAUGCAAAAUGCAUUGUGUCAGGAAUCGUCGACUAGAAGAAUUUUUAAUUUUUUCUUUGAUCUGCUUCUCCUUUGUUUCUUCGAAAUUAUCAUCAAAAACCUGAUGUAAAUUUAUCUUCUGCCAACUAUACACGCAUUUACAAUGGACGGAGAGGCGUCGUCGCACAAAUGAAUGCAAGUCAUAAAAUGCGGCGAUAAUGCUGCAAAAAAAGAGGCUCUCGUUACCCCUCCGCGCAAAAACAAUUCAGUGUGUCGAGACAAAUUUUCAGCAAUUCACGAAAACCAAAAAAAGAAAGAAUGAAAUUUUGCCUCUGGAAGAAAAUCCAUUGAAAAGAUAUGCUAACCACUAUGAUAAAUAUUUAAUGAACGAGUCUAAUUGAAGCGAAUUUUCUCUAUAGGACUCAUAAGUUUUAUGCAACUGAAAUCGCUUUGUUUUUUUUUAUCAAAAGGAAUUUAGAACAAAGUAAGGCUUCUUGGUCUUCAAUCACUUUAAACUUACGAAGUUAAAAAAAUAUUAAAUAGUCUUUUUUUCAAUCAUAGCUUUUUCCAGGCAUCUAAAGAAAAACCGGAAGUAAUUUUUUUCUGCUCGCAAUCACUCAGUCAGUAACCAUGUUGACCAGAGGAUAUCACAGUCCAUCUCAUCAAAUAUGUUCGAAAACUGUGAAAAAUCCGACUUUUUUGACGACUAAUCAUGAGGAAAAACGUAAUGAGAUUAACUUAAAGAAAGCAACCUUGCUAUAGAAAUUUCAGUCUGAAUGAAGCCUUCUUUCAAUCGUUCAAAACUUUGAAUUAUUUCUUUUACGCUCCCCGCACGUCGAGAAAACAGAUUGUUGUUUUUAAGCCAGUGCCAAAAGAUAAAAUUGGAGAAAGUAGCUUGACGAAGAAAAGUUUUUUGCUUUUUUAACUGAUCUCAUCAUACAAUUUUUGCAGAUGCAUAUCGGCUUGCUCUUUACGAGGCAUGCAGGAGUGCGAAUGCGACGCAGAAGAAGACAACUACUGCUACCUGUGCUGCGGCAACUCGCAACAUCAGUGCAUGGCCGCGCACCACCACAACAUUCUCAGGCAUAUUUUAUUUCCGACUUCUUUUCCUUGCCUUUUUAAACAUGCCCACGUCAGCCUAUCCGCCUUUUGCCAAACAAAAAAACUCCGUUUGUUUUGUGGUGUGCAAUUGUUGCGGUUCAAAAAAGGCGAGAAAAAAAAAGAAGAUGAAUAGAUGAGUCAGUUGUAAAGACGCUUGGGAAACGGUUAUGGUUUGGGAAAUUUUCCUAUGAAUCAGCUUUUUUUCUAGGGAAAUGUACAAUUAUAACGCCCUUUUGAAAGAAAUUCAUCUCUUCGACAUGAAAAAGUUUGUGAUUCAGAAAUACUACUCAGAACUCAACUUUCAGAUAAUUCGACAAAAAUUUUAUUUUUGCUCAAAAAUUAUUGUAGGGUUUAUUAUUUUUUUAAGCGAGAAAAAAACUUCUUUUAUGAUAUUUUAAAGAAACUAAAAUUCAAUUAAACUCGGAAAGCGUUUUUUUGAGCGUGACCUGAGCAUAAAGUAUAUUUGAGUCCGUUUAAAACUAUUUUUGGCUUGAAAAUGCACUUUUUUGAUUUUUUCAUGGUGUCUGAAGACAUUUAGAAAGUUAGCAAAUAUUUCCAUUUGGACAAUACUCUUCCAUUUCUAUAACUGUUUAUAAGUUUACAAAUAUUAUCUUUUUCCUCAAUUCUUUAGUUCGAUUUCUAGUCACUUCAUCUAUCGUUUCUCCUUUGGAUUCCAAAGAGUCAAACAUUAAUCCAGGAAAAUUGAAUUGAUCAACGAAAAAAGAAGUCAACUCUUGCCUAAUCCUUUAAACAUAGUGCUUAAGGCCGAAUGGCGAACGAUGGGAACGCGAGGCCUGCUCUCGAUGCCGAAUGCACGGCGCCGAGCUGGAGGGUCUGCCCUGCGACGACACCGACCCCGCGCGGCUUUGCAUAGGUUUCUUCCGUUUCCCUCGCCGGCCGGCCCUUCAAUUAUUCAUUUCGGCGCUUUUAGGCGGACGAUGCUCCAAUUCCGUGUGUCAUACCAAGUCACCUGGCUCCGUCUGUGACCGAAAGUGAGUCCAUCCGACUGGAACUAAAGUUCCAAUGGCCAAGGCCAAAUGUUUUCCCUCCAUGAGGGCUGCGAUGAAAAUGACAUGCGAUAAAUUAUUCAGCUACAAGUUUCGAAGUUCUUGGGAACAUAUUUUAUGAAGAAAAGAAGGAAAAGGGAAGUGAGCACUACUGCAAAGGGUGCUUGAAAAAGAAUGAAGAGAACAUUUUUUUACAUACAGAAUGCUUCUCUGCGAAAAGUAAGCGUUUCAAACAGAAAUUAUUAAAAAGAACAAGAGCGCUUUGACAGAAAUUAACAUAAAGAACGUUUUUUCAAGCGUUAUAGCUGGGUUCAUACGUAUCUUUUUUUAAACGAAAUUUUUAUCCAGAUAAAAAAAAACUUUGCGUCUUUUCAUUAUGAGCUCAAAAAGAUUUCUCUAAUUUAUCAUUCUCUUUUUUCGCCAAAUAUGAUGCUUGAGAGUUGAAAUAACGAUAAGGCUUUUAAAAAUCUAGUUUUCCACUAGUAAAGUCUUUUUUUCUGGAGGACCUUACCAUAUCUAAAGUUUUUUUGUUAGAAAGAACUUUUUUUUCACUGAGUUUCAUCAGAGCAAAAAAUGUUCAGUUCUGUGAUCCUAUGGACAAUUUUCAGAAUGGAGAAGCUUUGUGUGGACAACGUGUGCGAGAACCCGUGUUCUCGCUUUGCUCCACACCUAAUGGUGUGUGAUUGUCCGGCCAUCGAUCAAGACACAGGCUUCGCCUCGGAGGACCGCUGUCAGCUCUGUUGCUACGACUUCAACCUGGUAGCGCCAGUUGCACCUUGAUUUAUAGCCCUUUCAUCCAUUCAGAAACCAGCGAGCCGUCGGUGUCAAAAUGCCUACCGGAAGUACAAGAUCAUGGACAUGUUCCAGAAGCCCAUUUGGCGGGUUGGAUUGGAAUGUGCUGGAGGAAAAGUUUGCAACAAAUUUGGCGUUUGUUCCGCCUCAAAUCUACCAUUCUUGCUCCCGUUCCUGCUGAUUAUGCUCUACCAGUUUUUAUGUCAAUUUUGA